CCAGGCUCUUGUGUAACAUCCUCGGCUGAACACGGUCCCUCCACAUCGGCGGUGUGAGGAGAGGGAGAAGGAGAACGAUCUGCCUCCAUUUUGUGACUUCGAGACGGCUGAGUGAGGAAGAAGAAGAUGAGUUCUCCAAAGAAACAGAGAAUAAGCCCGGAGCCUAAACUCCACAGCUGUCAGUUCUGUGACAAACUCCUCGCAUCAUCGGGAUCUUUAAAGAUCCAUCUGAGAAUUCACACUGGAGAGAGGCCGUACAGCUGUGAUCUUUGUGAGAAAGCCUUCACUUCACCAGGAGAACUAGCAAACCACAGACGUGUUCACACUGGAGAGAAACCGUAUCGGUGUGAGCUGUGUGGGAAAACGUUCACUACUUCAACUCGUUUAUGCAGUCAUCGACGCAUUCACACUGGGGAGAAACCGCACUUGUGUGAACUAUGUGACAGAGCCUUUACAACAUCAAGUGAACUGAAAGUCCACCGACGCACUCACACAGGAGAGAAACCAUACAUUUGUGAGUUUUGUGAGAAAGCUUUCACGACAUCAGGCAUACUGAAAGUCCACCGCCGUGUCCACACUGGAGAGAAACCGUACAGCUGUGACCGCUGUGACAAAGUUUUCUCACAGUUAUCUUCAUUAAUCUGCCAUCGACGCAGUCACACUGGAGAGAAACCAUACUGGUGCGAUCAGUGUGGGAAAGCCUUCGCUAACGGGGACGCUCUAACUGUUCACCAACGUAUCCAUACUGGAGAGAGACCGUUCUGUUGUGACUACUGUCAGAAAACUUUCACAUCCUCAGGUGAUCUAAAAAAGCACCGGCGUAUUCACACGGGAGAGAGACCUUACCGAUGUGACCUGUGUGAGAGAAGUUUUGUACAUCUUUAUUCGCUUAAAGUUCACAAAUGCACCCACACUAAAUUGCUGUAAAAAUAUUUCAGAACUCAGCAAGCUGUUUCCUGCUGCCUCUUUCCCAUGCUCCGAUAGCUGUUGUCAUAAUGUUAGCUUCAUUAUAAAAAUUGAAAGAUGGUCUACCGGAACGUUAUGUAUGUUAAGGUGCAGUAUGUAAGAAUCUAAGUAAAAAAAAUAAAAAUUAAAGAGUAACUAAAAUUAAUAACACAAUGUGAAGAGACAAGUAAUAUCACAGAGAACUGUAUGUACUGUAUUGUAGAUACAGUAUUUCUACUGAAGUUAGCAUGCUAACCCACUAGCCCCGGCCCACCUACCCCAAAUCCUGAAACACACGGCGCCAACCGUUGGCCAUCUGAGGCGUUUGGGGAGACUCAGACGAGUUCGGGAACAAAUCUGUUCGGUGUGUUCAGCUGCAUUGGAAGCUUUUGGAACUGCGUGAACAGCAUCUGCUCUGAUUCAACAUGCAAAGUCUGAGAACGUUGGCUGUUGGCCGUCUGAGCCAUUGGAUGCUCUGAUUGGUUGUGUGCUAGCUGUAUGAGCAUUCUGAUUUGCGGUGUGCUAGCGAAUCAGCGCGGUGUGUGGGAGGGGCUGAAUUCUGUGUGCGCCGCUGAACUCUAUGGUGUGCGCUUUGUUUUUGUCUAAUAUUCUAUGGUCUGCACUCUGCUACAUCAUUUCCUGUUUUCAUGUUUUGGAUUACUGGCACAAGACCAGCGCCACCCGAUGUUAAGGAGAUCGCUUUGUAUCUGUAAACACAAACUCUAAAUAAUGUCCCACCUCAUCAGGAAUUUAAAAAGUAACUGAAUACCUUCAGAGACAGGAAGAAUAUGAGGACAUUAGAAGACAUGAAACUGAAUUAAGAAAACAACCCACUGAGGAGCAGCUACUUUGUUUGUUAUAAUCUGGACGGCUUGUCCUCCAUUCUUUUGCUAGCAUCCUCUCACAUUUUGGCCUCCCUGCUUUUAUACUUUUAUUGUUGGAAAUUCUCAGAAUUGUCGACUAAAAUGUGGAUAUUUGAUCGGACAGAUCUAAUGAGUUUUAGUUUUUUAAAAAUGUACACAAUGAUGAAAGAAAAUGUCAGUUAAAUACAAAUGUGUUUGUUAUUAACUAGCAGAAGUAUUCAAUUAUGUUCUGACAGAUAUGAUCAUGUAUUAUUUGAGAUGUGCUCCACUUUGUUGUUCUUAGCAACAGACAAAGAAAGUUUUCCUUAUGUGUUAUUUGAUAUAACGGUGUGAAUCUUUGUAAGGCCAUGCUGAAGAUCAUGCAAUUGGAAUAUAUAGCUCAUGUCCCUUCACUGGGCCACAAGAUCACCAGUAUGAAUCCUCUUUGUUGGCAAGAAGGUGUGAGUUAGUCAAGUCUAUUAGCUUCCACUGGUUCUCAGAGUAUGUCACAUAUAUUCUCAACAGAAUGAGGAUCUGAUUUGUGAGCACAUUAUUUUACAUCAGUCAUCUGAAGCCAAACUAUUUCCCUUUUAAGUUAGAUGCCACAAAGCGCAAUGAACCAGCAGUCAAUACACUUUUAGGACUUUUUGGCUUUCACGAAAGCUAAACAUGUGGUCAAUUUCUUUUACUCUGAAGACUUUUUGCCUCCAUGUAGCAACUAAAAACACAACAAGACCAAAGAACACAUGCUGUGUGUUUCCUCUGUGGCCUCAGAUAGUCGGAGCCUGGAUUCAUCAUCCAGCUGCUGUUAUGAUUUUACAGUCGACCAUUAUUGAUUUGAGUUGGUUGAUUCCACUUUUUUGAAUUGUUCUUGAGAGCGCAAAGUUUUUAAUUCACUCAGCUGUAACUAAUUUACAAUUUGAUUAUGCCUUCAUUCAGUCAUCCAUUCUCAUAUGUGUGUAUAUACUUGGUGGUGCUUAUUCAUCCAUGUCCCUUAGUAGUUUAAUAAAUAUCUUGAAGUAA